AUGUACAAGUCGGAUACAUGUUCGACUGAAUCUGCCACAAAUGCUUCUUCCUCGCAACAUCCUGAAAUAGAAACAACUUAUACGUCAAGCGACACAUCAACGAGGGUCGUAAAGAAGAAGAAGAGUAGCACAAAGGCAUUAGUGAAGCGUCUACUAGAGGAGGAGGAGGAGGAGGAGGAGAUGAUAAAUAAAGAGGAUGAAGAACCAUAUUACCAUGAUACACAGUUCGACUAUGGUGGUUUGGAGGAGAAAGUUGCACCUACACCUACACAUGGUGAGCCGUCACAAGACGUGACUGAACAUGACACAAAAAUAGUGACUCCUAUUGGUAGGCCGCAACGAAAGAGGGCUGUUGCAUGGUAUCAGCGGACUCCGUUCACAGUGGUUCUAUUCGUAAUAAAUGUUAUUAGUGCCCAUUGGUUUAUGGCGGUGCUACAUUUAGAUACCUGGAAAGUAGAAAUUUAUGAUUCAGCACGAAUUGCGGGUUACUUCUCAAAGUACUUAACUGGUGGAGAAUUCACAAGUUUUGGAGAUAGUAUUAUCUCAGAGUUAGAUGUCAUUGAGUACUGGAACCAUUUCCCCGUUGGACACAAAGACAAAGCAAAGCUGGAGUUUGUUGAUGUUGUAGAUGUGCCACAACAAGAAUAUAGUCUUGACAAAGGGGAUUGUGGAGUAUUUGUAUGCAUGUUUAUGGAAAUGAUUGUUUCGGGGGUACCAGUGAAGAUUUCUACGGCACGUAGAGAUGCGGGAUUUCUCUACAGAAAUAAGAUGGCAAAUGUUAUUUGGGAUACUAUAUAG